ACAAAAGCAAAAAUGACAAGGAAGAAGGUGAACCUUGUUUGGAUAGCGAGUGAUAGUGCUAGAAAAGCCAGCCUUAAAAAAAGAAGGGGAGGCCUAAUGAAGAAAGUGAGUGAACUAACCACGCUCUGUGGUGUGAAUGCCUUCGCUGUCAUUUUCAGUCCGGACGAGAAGGAGCCUGCAAUGUGGCCAUCUCGUCCGGUGAUUCACCAACUUCUGGCUAGGUUCCAUACCUUGCCGGAGAUGGAGCGCGGCAAGAAGAUGAUGAAUCAAGAAAGGUACUUCAAAGAAAGAUCCACAAAAGUUGAGGAGCAACUGAAGAAGCACCAAAGAAGAAACAAAGAGAUGGAUGUUUCCCAUCUCAUGCACCUACUCUUUCACUACGGUAAGAGACAAAGUGAAUUCAACGUAAUUGAAUUGCAUGGUUUGUUUUGGUUCGUGCAGGAAAAGAAGAAGGAAAUCAAGAAGAGACUUGACUAUUUUCAACAAGUCAAUGCUCUUCAAGAAGCUGCAGCCUCUCCUCCUCCUCUUGCUCUUCCUCCUCCUCCACCGGCGGCGGAGGAUGAAAUGCCUCGAACCGCUGCCACCGGGGACGCGAGGAAUCCUGUGCAGCCUGCUCAGUGGGAUCAGUGGUUCAUGGAAGUGGUGAAUAAUGGUGAGAAUAAUAUGAAUCUAGGGCUAAGGACUCCAAAUCAAACAAUAUUUGCUGCAAAUCAGAUGGGGUUGCCUCUUGGAAAUUUUAGAUCUAAUUAUAAUAAUUUUGCUAGUACUUCAAGCAAUAUUAUUCCAAAUUCUGAUCAGAUGGGGCUGCUUUAUGGGACAAAUUUCAGAGAUCUGAAUUUAAGUGGGGGUGGCGAUGAUACUGAAACUCGUUUGCCUUCUGAGUUUGAGUUUUUGGCGGGAUCAAGUGAUGUUGGGAUGCCUUUUGAUGUCACCAAGCCAUGGCCAAACAAUUUCUAUCCUUGAAUAACUAAUAUGAAUAAAUGUACUAAUAAAUUAAUUUCUCACUAGAUUAUGAGAAAUUAACUGAAUAAUGUAUGUAACGAUCCACCAGUGACAUUUGUUUUGGGUUCUUCAUAGCUAGCUAUAUGCUUCCAUAUUGGUGGAUCUAAGAUGAAUUAUUGUAUGAUUUCAGUUCUAUAAUGUAAUGUUUUUAAUAUUAUGC